AUGGGGUUCAAACAUUUUUGGGACGAGUAUGUGGUGCUCAAACCACAUCCUGGCUCGUUCGGAGCAGAUGAUCCUGACGCUAUCAAAUACACCAACGAAGACAUGGACCCGAUCAAACGGAAAGACCGUACCUAUGCCUGGUACCAGAUGGGGUUGUUUUGGAUAGCCGAAGGCUUCAACGCGGCGCAAUUGGAAGUGUCAAGCUCAGCCUUCUCUCUCGGACUGAAUCCGGGGCUCUGUGUGGUGGCCUGCUUGGUCGGGAACAUCAUUGUCUCCAUCCCCUGUGCUGCAUCUGGGUACUUAGGUAGUAAGCUUGGUACGAACUUUCCUGGUACGGUCAGAGCGUCAUUCGGCAUGCUAGGGUCCAAAUGGGCCAUGAUCGUGAGAGGGGUGCCGUGUAUCAUCUACUACGGCAUCCAAGUCAGUCUUGCUGGUCAGGCCGUUCAAGCUUGCACCACUGCCAUUUGGCCGUCUUUUGCUCACUGGGAAGUGAAUGCAAUUCCAGCUUCGGCCAAUGUGACAGCGCAGCAGAUUCUUUGCUUCUCGAUCUUCUGGCUGAUAUCGCUACCGUUCUUAUACCUCCCGAUCAAGACGCUGCGAUACCUGUUCGUCGUCAAGAGUAUCCUGGUACCUCUGUUUUGGACUGCCAUGUUUACCUGGUCAGUCACUGCAGCACGUGGUUGGCCUGAAGUUUGGAGGGCACCAAGUAAACCUCUUGACGGAUGGACCGUGGGUUACCUGUUCGGUAUAUGCGUCAACGCAGCGAUUUCCGGUAACGCGACCUUCGCUGUCAACAUCAUGGACAUCUCGCGGCACUCAAAGAACGACACAGCGGCAUGGGCCACCCAGCUAGUCGCUUUGCCUGUGCUGGUGACCUUGACCGAAUUUCUUGGUUGCACUAUGGCGGUGGCCUCGUCUGUCGUUUACGGCGAAGUACAAUGGAACCCUCUGACGGUGAUCAACAACUUCGAAAACCGACCGGGAAAGUUCUUUGCGGGCGCCUGCUUCAUCUUCUUCAACAUCAUGACCAAUGUCACAGGUAACUCGGUACCUCUGGCCAACGACCUGACAGGUUUAUUCCCCAAGUACAUCAACAUUCGCCGCGGACAAUUCAUCUGUGCGGUCAUAUCGUUCGCCAUCUGCCCAUGGGAGAUCCAAGCAAAGGCCACCACCUUUUUGGCGUUCUUGGGCGCAUAUACACUGUUCCUCGGGGCAACAACAGGAGUAAUCAUGGUGGAUUACUUCUGGGUCCGCCGCGGAUACGGUAUCAACAUUUCGCAUCUGUUCAAACCACACGGCAUCUAUUGGUAUAAAUAUGGCUGCAAUUGGCGUGCAUUCGUCGCUUGGUUUGUGGCCAUCGCUCCGCUCUUCCCGGGAAUGCUGUACUCGAUGGGCGUACCGAUUCACAAUCGAGGCAUUCUCAAUAUGUACUCGUGGAAUUAUGUCCUCGUGGUUGUCUUCUCUGGGUUGGUGUAUUUUACCUGCACAAGCCUGUUUCCUGUCCCAGUUAGACCAGCCGACGGAGAGGAGGACUACGGAAAGCUGUAUCUCCUCGACGGAUUGGAGCCAGCAAGUGGGAGCAGAACACCCACCGAAUAUACCGAAAGCCGAGACAUUGAAAAGAAUGAGAAGAUCGUGGCCGAGACGCAUGUGACGCCAGCCGCCAUUCAAACAGUGGUAUGA